AUGGCAAGUGAAACCACCAAUGGGGAAAUCAUGUUGCCAGUAAACCUGGUCAGGACUAUCCAGGAAACGAAGUUCCAUGUAAUCAACGGUGAUAAGAGAUACAAUGCGCUGCUCGAAAGACCUUGGAUUCAUAAUAUGAGGGUUGUACCUUCAAUGCUUCAUAAAGUCUUGAAAUUCCCUACAGCAGAAGGAAUCAAAAUUGUGUACGGCGAACAACCCGCAGCCAAAAAAAUGGAUCCCAUUGGAAAUUACCAGUCAUCGAUUGAGCUUGGACCCAAAGUUCAAGCCGGUAAAGCAAAAGAGAAGGCCGCAGUCCGAGGUUAA